AUGAAAGUUAUUUCAAAAUUUAUAGCUGAUAAACUAAAUUGUAUCCCCAAGAAUAUAGGAAAGUACAAAGCCAUGAAUGUAGGACAGUUUCAGUUCUUAGAUAGCUUUCAGCAUAUGGGAAUGGGGCUAGAUAAAUUAGUUAAAUGUCUAGGUGGAAAAAUUGAAAAAUUCCCUCUAACUGUUAACUAUUUUACUGAGAAAGGCUAUUUAAUGGACAAGAUUAAGCUUCUUUUUCGAAAGGGCAUCUUUCUAUAUAACUGGACAAAUCAAAAUAUUAGUAAAGAGAAUUACGAACAUGCUAAAAAGGUAUGGCAAGUAUUCAAGAUGAAAAACUUUGAAGAAUAUCAUGACUUAUAUCUUGAAACAGACGUACUUUUGCUUACGAAUGUUUUCAUGAAUUAUAUUAUAAUAUAUCUCAAAGAUGAUGGCCUAGAUCUAUCUCAUUACGUCUCUGCAUCUGAAAUGUUUAAUAAUUCUUUGUACAAAAGUAGCGGAGCAGAACUUAAGCUCAUGACAGAUAUGAAUGAGUAUCUGAUGGUUGAAAAUAGAAUUCGUGAAAGAAUGACAAUGACCUUAUAUGAGAAUAUGAAUGCCUUAUAUUCAGAAGCAAUGACCCAAUAUAUACCUACAGAAAUGUUGGGUAAAGUGAGUCCAGAGGAAGUACCAGAUAUCCAAAGUAUCAUGCCUGAUGCAGAAAUAGGCUAUAUGCUUGAACUUGAUCUAGAAGCUCCAGUGCACUUGCACGAUUACUUUGCAGAUUAUCCUUAG